UGACUUCCUAUUAGAUAUGACAAUCUCUUAUACUUUGGAUGUGUCACGCAGGACCGGAUGGGGCAGCUUUAUAAGAAUCCUUGCAAGAUGGAGAGGUUCUGUUUGGAAGGCAGUAUGUAUUGAACUAACACUUUGGUUGAUCGUCUAUUUAUUAAUUUCACUUAUCUACCGUUAUUUACUAUCAUCAUUUGGACAAGAGAAGUUUGAACAUUUAGCACACUAUCUAGAUGCAAAAAUGGAUACUACUUUACCUCUUACAUUUAUGCUUGGUUUUUUCGUAACGCAAGUAGUUUCUCGUUGGAGUAGUAUACUUAAUGGACUGGGAUGGAUUGAUGAUUCGGCGCUUGCAUUUGCUAAUUACAUCCGUGGCGCUGAUAUAGAAACACGCAUUCUUAGACGAAAUAUGAUCAGAUACAUGGUUUUGAAUCAGGCAAUAGUGCUUCGAGACAUUAGUAUGCAAGUACGAAAAAGGUUCCCAACUUUGGAGACACUUGCUGCUACUGGCAUAGUUUCUAUGAGUGAGUUAGAAAUGCUUGAGCGCGUUCAUGACCCUUACUCGCGUUAUUGGACACCAAUUCACUGGUGCUAUGCAUUAUUUGAUUUUUUACUGGACAAGAUAACGUCGGAAAUUCGACAAUUCCGCCAUGGACUUGCUUCAUUGUUGAAAUAUGACUGGGUAGUAUUCCUUUCUGUUCGUAUUUAUUUCAUUAUCUGCUUAAUCAGUCGGCAAUUUAUUACCAGGCAAGAGUCUCCGCUCAAAAGCGAAAUUGAUCUAAUAAUACCCAUCGGUACAAUAAUUCAAUUUUUCUUCUAUGUGGGUUGGAUGAAAGUUGCUGAAGCUCUACUCAACCCGUUUGGCGAAGAUGAUGAUGAUUUGGAAUGCAAUUAUGUUAUAGACAAAAACUUGAUAACUGGAAUGACAUUAGUAGAUCUUGGGAGCAACAGAAUACCAGAUCAAAAGAGAGAUUACUUCUGGGAUGAAGACCAUAUAGUUCCACUCUAUUCACUAGAAGCCGCAAAACGUACUGUUCAUCCUAUGAUAGGAUCAGCAUCUAAAAUAAAGUUUGAGCUUACUUAA